UUUGUGGCCGGUAUUUCUAAAAUCUUGCAAAGUUUUUUUUUAACAUAUUUUGUUCGGUGUUUUAUCUGUUAUUUUCCGCUACGCAUGCAGGUCAUUUGCGAAUGCGUGAGUCAUUGUUGUUGUGCUAAAUUAAAUUACAAGUCAUACAUCGAGUCGCAAUUGGCCACUGAGCUGUCAAACAUAAAACGAACAAUAAUAACAGAAGUAAUCAACAAGAGUAGCAGCAAUAGCAACAACAGCAACAACAAAACCACACCAGCAGACGCAUGAAGGAAAUUGAGUGCGCGCGUGUCAAGCUUUUGCAUAUAUAAUUAUUUAGUGACUGCUGCUUGUUGUUGUCGUCAUUCUUGUAGUUGUAGUAUCUGUUGUUGUUGUUGUUCAUUUCUCAACGACGACGAAACCAAAGUGCAAAAGCAAAUCAACAGUCGCCAGACGCUAGAGUCCCGCUACCGAGACCGCCAACACCAACACCACCACCUCCACCCCCCCACAGCGACUGCCAAUUUUGUAACCCACUUGCCAGCGCCGAGCGAAAAAAGUCGCCAUCACGACGUCGCCGUCGCAACCGCCGCCGUUGUUACACGUGCCGUUGGAGGACGCCAGCGCUGGUGAUCGCGGGCGUGUCUACAAGCUGAAGAAGAAGAAAUACUUGAACGUUGCGCACAUCACAUAGAGAAAGGCGCGCCAGGAGGAAGGAGCCACACAGGCACUGAGCAGAGGGAGGAGGAAGACGACGACUACGACGAAGACGACAACGACGACAACGACGAGGACGACGAGGACGAGAAGGCAAAGCAGAAGCAGGUGGAGGAGAGAAGAGUACGUUUGUUUUUAUCAGCAUGCCCGUACAGUCACCAAUUGAGAUUAGCAAUCGAGCUAUAGAGCACAUUGACGAUGUCGAUCCGCUUGAAUAUCACGGCCAUUGGGAGCCAGUGGGCGUGGCACGUGUACAAAACACCGGCACCUCUGCGAUGGUGACCUUCAGCAAACGGAAGCAACAGCCGUACAUUAUAGGCGGUGCUCUGCACAACAACAAGUAUAUUUUCGAGCAGUUGCACUUCCAUUGGGCGGACACAGAUGAGUCUGGUUGCGAGCACACCCUGGAGGGCAUCAAGUACUCCAUGGAGGCCCAUGCCGUCCACUACAACGCCAAGUACAAGGACUUUGCGGAGGCCAAAAACAAGCCAGAUGGUUUGGCCGUUGUCGCUUUCUUCAUACAGGCCUGUGGCGAGAAGGAUUGUCCGGAAUUUAAAAAAAUCACCGAAGGCAUUCGCAUUGUCCAAAAAAUACACACGAGUGCCUCCCUGGAUUCCGACUGCCUCUCCUGGAUCGGUCUGCAGGAGCUGAGCAAACACUACUACACCUACAAGGGCUCGCUAACGACGGCGCCGUACUUUGAGAGCGUCCAAUGGAUCAUUUAUCGUACACCCAUCUAUGUUUCCCGUGGACAGGUCAGCGUUUUUCGCAACUUGCAAUCAUGCCCCAAAGAUGAGUCGAAGAAGAUAGUGAACAAUUAUCGGGAGAUUCAGCGACCGCACAAAGAUCCCGAAAUCCUUUUCGCGCGCAAUGCCAAGCCGAAGUCCAAGUUAUGAUCUGACCACGCGAGUACUGGGAAGCACUCAAAAGAAAGAAGAAAGAAAUCCACUCGGGAACACACGGAACCACACAUGGGAUCAUGGAGAACUAUCAGAGCGGAAGCAGAAUCAUAAUCAGAAGGAGCACCAACUGCUAAGCUAAACUAUAUAGUAUAGCAAUCGCUGUCUAGUUGUUUCUUCGAUCCGUACACUCGUAUCUAAAUGUAAUUGGUUGUCUCUACUCUCUGCUUAUUACUCGUUUCAUGUACAUAGCCUAAUGUUAUCCUAUACCUGUACUUCUCUUUUUACUAAAUUACAAAUAAUAGGUGCAUACAGAGAAACACA